GCCCCUUUCGGUUCCUCUCUGCCCCCCUCCCCACCUCCCUGUCUCCGUGAGGGGGACGAAAUCCGGGGCCAGAGCUGAGGACGAGGAGUAAGAAGAAGGAAAAACACCGGCUGCUCUCCUUUCCUCCUUCCCCCUCCCUCACAGCCCUCGUUCCUUCUCGGCGGGAGCGGGGCGAGGUGAGCGGCAGGGCGGGUGGUCCCUCUGAGGCGGCGGCGGCGGCGGCGGCGGCUCCUUCUUCUCCUCCAGCUUUUCCACCCUCCUCCUCCUCCUUUUCCUCCUCCUCAUCAUGUCGGCGGGCGGAGACUUCGGCAACCCGCUGCGGAAAUUCAAGCUGGUCUUCCUCGGGGAGCAAAGUGUGGGGAAGACGUCUUUGAUCACCAGAUUCAUGUAUGACAGCUUUGACAACACCUACCAGGCAACAAUUGGCAUUGACUUCUUAUCAAAAACCAUGUACUUGGAGGAUCGCACAAUCAGGUUGCAGCUGUGGGAUACUGCGGGUCAGGAACGUUUCCGUAGCCUCAUUCCCAGUUACAUCCGUGACUCCGCUGCUGCUGUAGUAGUUUACGAUAUCACAAAUGUAAACUCAUUCCAGCAAACCACAAAAUGGAUUGAUGAUGUCAGAACGGAAAGAGGUAGUGAUGUCAUCAUAAUGCUAGUUGGAAACAAAACAGAUCUAGCAGAUAAGAGGCAAGUGUCUAUCGAGGAAGGGGAGAGGAAAGCCAAAGAGCUGAAUGUAAUGUUUAUUGAAACUAGCGCAAAGGCAGGAUACAAUGUAAAACAGCUUUUCCGACGUGUGGCUGCUGCCUUACCUGGAAUGGAAAGCACGCAGGACAAAAGCAGAGAAGACAUGAUCGACAUCAAACUUGAAAAGCCUCAAGAGCCACCAGUCAGUGAAGGGGGCUGUUCGUGCUAAUAGUCUGUUGCUUUUCUCUCCCCCCUUCACCAGACCAUCACUGCUCCUCCCUCCCUUCCUCCCUCCCUCCCUCCCUCCCUCGACUCAUUGACAGCAGUGUAAACUAUUGGCUUGUCCUCUCCCCACCCCUGUCCGUCACGUAGCACGGUUCAUCAUUGCUGCCUGUCUCGUGAAGAUGAUCUGUUAGCUUCACAAGCACAAAGGAAAGUCAGUGUCUUCGUUAUUUAGAAGGAGAUUUUCGAAAGAGCCAAAACUGUCCUAAGCAUGUUCCGACCAUUCUUAAAGAAACAACCAGAAAUAUAGGUACAUAUUUGGUAAACCUUUGUUCCUAUAUAUAUAUAUAUAUCAAUAUUGCACUUUUUUGAAAUAAUGGAGAUGGGGGUAAACAUGUUUGGAUUUGAUGAAAAGGGAUGUGCAGGGUAGAAAAAGCAGCGCCCAGGGCAAAUGGUGGGGCGCGGUCGUGAGAUGUAAGCCUGUGCGUUUGCAAAACCAAAAAGAAAAAGCCUGCUUUGCCUUUUGAACCAAGAUCCUCUGGCCCUUUUUUUUAAAAAAAACCACAAAACAAUAGCUUUUGGGAAAUGGAAAGUUAGCUAUUGCAUUUUAUUUUAUUUUAUUAUUUGCAGCCUUCUAUGGUGUGGACAAACAGCUUCCUGGCAGCUGCUAAUAAGAUGCUGUUGGUAGGGGGCAAGGUUUCAGAUACCCAUUGCGGAAUUUAGAAACCUUCCUUUCUACCAUAUAGUACCCCCACAGAACAAAUCCACGAAUUCACAAUGCACCUUUUGGCUAUUGCAUUGGGGGUGGAAUGUCUUCAAAAUGAGGUGAGGGAGAAGGUACAGAAGUUUUAAGCAGGGCUCUGGCAUUAAAGACUUAUUUGGUUAAGCUGAAUCAAUCUCCAGAAAGAGGCGCACAAGUUACUGCAUUUUGAAAACCCGAUAUAUAGUUAAUGAGGAGGAAGAAGGGGCAGAGCAAGAAAAGGAUAUUCCUGCUAAAUGAGGGAAGGGGGGGGGAAUUUACUUGUCAAAGCAGAUUUUAAAAGUCCCUUAGAUGAUGAAGGGAACGUAAGAUGGAAACAAAACUUACAAUUAUGCAGAUUUUUGCCUUUGUUUUCAGCAAUUUUUUUUUUUACGUUGGGUCUUCAGAGUCUAGUAUAUUCGUUAGUUCUGCGUACUUUGGUUAAAUAACUGGUUGUUUAGUAUUACGUUUAACUGAACUACAAUUAACAAUGGUUUCUUUCAAUAUUUAUUUCUUUGCUUGAUUAUUAUUAUUAUUAUUAUUAUUUUUUAACUGUGUUCCAGGGUUUUUAUUUUUUGAGGGAUUUGUUAAACCGUUUAGCGCUUUGGCGACGUCACAAGGUGUAGCUAGCUGAGAAACACGUGGACACCCAUUCACACACUCACUCUAGAAGUGCACUCUCUUAAUCUGUACUAGUCAUUGUGAAGUUGCUGUGUAAGUUAACACAAAUGUAAAUACGUUGUUUGCAGGAAGAGUCAUUUUGUAACUGGGGAGGGGGGUACAAUACAAGAAAGGCUUCAUGAGUCUCCCUUUUCUAAGUGAUAGCCUCGCCCUGCCCCCCCGCCUGAAUCCCCUCCAUUUUAGGGGAAUUGCCCCUCCCCAGGAGUCCCGGCUUUGGACGCGGAGGCCUCUCUUUUCCUGCAUUGUGCAACUGGAAUAGCAAAUUCAUUACUUUGACCUGAGUUUUCAACAACUUUGCAUAUACCAGUAACGUCAUGUUAAAGGACAGAAUAAGACAUACAAAUGCUUUUAAUGCAAUAUUGAAAAGGUGGUUUUUUUUGGUUUUUUCUUUUCUUUCUUUUCUCUUUUAUCGAAUUAGCAUGUCUAUAAAUAAGUGUUUAAAUAUGGCAACGGAUGAUCUUAUCCUAAAAAGAAACUAAAGGAGACCAGGCUACUUUUCCUGUAUUGUUGUAUUCUAUGUGUGCAAAGAUUAAAAACGACGACGACGAUCCAU